AUGAACACAGAUCUCCCCGAGGAGCUCCUCGGGAGCUUUAAAGAAGCCGCCUUCCAGGUCACCAAACUGUACAAGGCUGCCGCUGCCGCCCACGGCAAGGGCCGGGCGGACGGCUACCAAGACUGCCUGGACGACCUGCUGGCCUUCCUCGACAAGGAAAACAUCGGCGCGGCCGCUGGCGAGGGAUGGAAGGUUAGGAACUGGGCAUCCGAGCGGUUGGUCCGCCGGGAACGUGAUGGCGUCUCCCAGACGGCCGAGAGCGAAGGCGAGGAGGAAGCGGACAAGGUGGACACUGCAUCGUCACCAGAACUGCACCGGGCGGACAGCAAUAUCCCCAUGCAGCCCGCGGCGAACUAUACGGCCAUGCGAACCGACUCUGCACCGCCCUCGGUCAGACCGUCUGUCGAGGAUGCGGGGAUAGUUGUCCCUUCACAGGACACGUUCGAGUUCCGAUCCCAAAUGCAAUACCCGCAAGACUCUUCAGACCUCUCCAUCGCCACGCUAGACCUGUCAGACUCGAGAUCUCACGAGAUGUCAACCUCAACACCAGCAGUUUCGAUAGCAAGACCACCGAGACCUCGCCAUAACGCGGCCGGCCAGAGAAACUUGUCUCGCUCGUCGAACCUCCUGGGCCGCGGCGCAGGUCAAAAACGCAAGCUCAACAUUCCCGAGCUGGAGUUCUUUGAGAGCCUCGGGCAUUACGGGAAGGACUUCUUCGGCAACAGGGGCGGCAAGAGAAACAAGCACGCUUAG